AUGACGGCGGUCUACAUCAAGAAUCGCCUACCAUCGCCCAAGUGCCAAGAUCAAACCCCGUUCGAGAUUGUCAACGGAUUUCGACCAAGUGUGAAGCACGUGCGGGUUUUCGGCUGCCGAACGUUUGUGCUGACCCCUAAGGAAAAGAGAUCGAAACGGGAUCCGAAGGCUCGUGAAGGACUAUUCAUGGGGUACGAAGAAGUGGUAAAGGCAUAUCGCGUUUACGACAUUGAAGCGGAUCAAGUGGUGAUAUCUCGCGAUGUCACAUUCGACGAAUCAACGCUUGGUUUCUCGCCGACUCUACCACACGAAAUUGCUGUUGACGAUCAUCGGUUUUCUACCAGUAUUGGUAACCGUGACCGAUCCAAUCCGAACCGCCUGUUCAGCUUAGUAUUUACGACGUAG